AUGAAUACGAAUACAAUUCUGAUUGUUGCCAGUGUCCUUGCGUUUACUGGAGUUUGUAAGUCGAUUUAUGGAGUAACUUUUCGCAUCUACCUUUUCUGUUCUAUCAAACUUUUGGCUCAUAUUACUUUGGCUUUAAUCUUCAAAGUUAUUGUUUAACUUUGAAACAAACUUUUCAUAUUUUAUUUUGCUUUCCACCGCAAUUUCCAUCACUUUUCGAGCGCACUGGCCAGUAAAGUGACAAUAGAACAGUUUUGGGUUUAGUGUUGUACAGUCUUCUAAAUGCCUUUGGGAUUGGUCCUUUAGGCGUUAAUGUGCCCUACAAGGCGGAUCAAUGUGCCAACUUCUCUGGGUACGCGGGAUGCUCGUUGAUGGAUCCACAGUACGUGAUUGCCAAGAAUACGAUCGAAAAUGCUCAGCAAGUAAGUGUUGGAAGUCGUCGUAUCCCAGCCCAACAUUUUGAGAAUAUGAUUUGUAAACUAAACAACGCAUUAAUCCCAAAUUUGAAGAAAAUUUAAACUGUCGGCCUGGAGCACUCCCAAUUUCGAAUACGACAUCCAUUUUUCUGAUACUUCUCUUUCCAGGGACCAUUAAGUGAUCUUAAAACCCUCGUAUCCCUAUGCCGGAAUACCAAAAGACCAAGUCGGAAAGACUUUCUCCAACCCUACAUCGACCAAUACAAUACCGUAAUCCGUCCGUAUCUGAAGCGUCAAGAAUUCCCCGAGGCCUUCGCUGUAACGGCCGCUUUCCUCAAUCUCAACUUUAACUAUGACUUCUUUAUCCAACACGCUACCGACUUCAGAAAACGCUCAGUUUGGAGGGAAGUGCUGAUUGCGCAACGGAAUUAUUCCGCGGUUUUCGAGGACGCAGAGGAAGUGAAGAGAACGGUAAAGGGACUUCAGAUGAGUGACGCCUUGAUCAAUCAGAUUUUGAAGUUCGAGAAGAGGCUGGUUGAGGAAAGGGAGAAGAAAUGGGACUUGACAAGGUAUGCUAUAACAGAAAAAGCCUAAAAAAUAACAUUAUAUUUUACAAAUAAUACUAGUUUUGUCUGAGAUCAGAGAUCAUUUUAUUUUUAUUUUUUUCAGUUUUGCCGAUAAUCAUUACUUCAACGCCUAUUUGGAGUAUGUGGCCAAGUAUAAAAUCAUCGAUUCGUCCCUCUUGAACGACACUUUUGUAUAUUAUGCCCCAGGCGAACAUCCAGCAGCCUUCGAUAACACAUCCCCUGAGGUCAUCCAAGCUUAUCUCAAGGCGGUGGUUUACAAAAUAAUAGAUCAAAAGUACGAUGAACUAGCCGGAUUCGACUGCAAUGACGCCAUUCAAAAGAGUUGGACGAAAACGGUGAGCAAAUUGCUGGAAGAUGAGCUCUUGCCCUCCGGCACUGAACGAGAAACUUUGGAUCAGCGGAUCGAGGAUGUUUUCUACGACAUCAAAAUGACUGUCGUGGUAGGUAAAUGUGGUAGUUAUCGAAUAUAGUUGUUUCAGGAGCUUCUUCAUCAGCUGGACCUCAAAGAUCCCGAACUAAACCAGAAAUUAGUCUCUGUUAUCCCCGAUUUCUGCAUUCAAUUCCACGCUCCAAACGCUUUGGACAAGCUCUCUGAUGUCGUCCGCACUCUCAACUCUCAUAAACCAGAGAGUAAAUGGGGAUUUGUCAAAGCUUUGACCGCCUAUAAGAUCAAUGAUGCUUUGACUGGAGCCGAGCAGAAGGUAAACAAAAUAUAAAUUAAGUUCUAUCAUGAUUUAGCUGGCUUGUUAUCCACUAAGACUCAGUGCAAACAUCCUAACCCACUUCAAAUGGACCGAGGAACUUGACGAUCCAACCUUUUAUGCGACUGUUGGCUAUGAAAUCGCUCGCUUACUCUGGAAUUCGAUUGGAAAAGCGGCAAAACGAGAGGAUUUCGAUGCGUUUGCUGAGAGUCAGGCCAAAUGUUUGACGCAAAAAUAUUUCGUGGACAAAUUCUUGUCCACAGCAAGGUCCUAUGAUUACCUUGGUAAGCAAUUUUGAAUUGUCUGUUCAAACAUUUGAGUCCAAAAAACUUGCAAAAAGUGAGUCGCAGCGAGCAGGGUUCGAACCUGCGCGGGCAAAGCCCAAUGGAUUUCAAGUCCAUCUCCUUAACCACUCGGACAUCGCUGCACGGGCUCCACUUCUCUUUUUUCGCUUUGUGAAAGGGAAAGCGCAUGGGAGAGAGGCCUCCGGAGGGGGCUGCUCUCGACUUCCAUGGAACGUGAAUAAAAUGGAGUUGUUUUGCAACGAAUAAAGAAAUAAUUUUCAAAGCUUACGGGCUGUUUGAAAAUUCAAAAUGACAUCGAAUUUCGAAAUGAACCCCUAAGAAUCUAUUAUCAUCAGCAUCUUCAGUUCACAUUGAAUCUAAUACAAAUUAUGUUUCAGCUCUCCAAACCGCAUUCUCUGCUUUCCAACACCGUCAAGCCUAUGGUCAUAAGCCUACGGUGUUCUCCACAGAAGCACGAAACUUUUUCCUCGCUUUUCAAAAAGAACGCAGAUGUUCGGAUCGAGGAACUCCCAUUCAUUUACGUGAAUUCUAUGGUUUUAUCAACCAAUACGAAUGCUCACUCAAACCUCAAUGCAACAUUUGGCCCGUCGCCGAUUUCGAAGGCAAUUUUAAUCAACAUUAUAUAACACAACUAUUAAAAAUCGCAGAUACACAACUAAAAAUCUUCUUUCAGUGUUCGUAAAGCCUGAACAAUGGUCAAUGAAGUUGAAUCCCCCAGUAAUUGAUCAAUCAGAGGAAGCGCAGAAAUUAGCCGAUUACAUUGAAGAGCGGUUAGAUCUGACCUACAGACCAUGCUUGGACUUUUUCAAGUACACUUGUGGUGGAAUGCCCUUAAGUCAAUUCAACAAUUAUCUAAGGGAUGAACAACAUGAAGCUUUGGACUAUUUAAAACAUCUAGAUGAGGAUGAUAAGACCGAGCUUGUAAGAAAACUGAGCGAGUAUACUAAUCUCACAUUCGACGGAUUUAUGGAGCAUCUGUUUGCGAUGAAUGUCGAUGAAAACAUCAAGAAAAACAAUUUGAAAAAACUUGAGACAUUGAAAUUGGCUUAUAAUUGGGAGAAUGUCAUCGAUUACGUUGUUAGCCACCAGAUUGACAACUCCACUGACGAGAAUAUUGUUCAGUUCCCCGAUGGCAAUACGCCUACUCAAAGCCAAAUUCAAGCGUUAUUAAUCGCUGUCAGCGUGGAAAUGGAGAGAGCUCCGGCUAGUGUGUGGCUGGGAAGAUUCGGAAUCAAGAUUGGAAAAGAGAUUGGAAAGGCAUUCGGUAACUUACACUCUGUAACCUAAAUCUCGACUUUCGGAAACCCAGGUGGAAAUCAUCAUUUUUUAGAUAUCUUCGGAAGCCAAAUCGAAGACCUCUCUAAGACCUACAAAAUCGAAGAUUUGGCCAAUUUCGAUGAUUCUGAUCCCAAAUACGAAUCGCUUGUUGCGAGUAUCAAAUGCUUGAACAAAAGCUUCAACCUUGGACUCAAAACAAUGAGCUGUCAUAACAGAAUUACCGAUGAUUGCGUGGAAGAUUUGGUCAGAGUAAACGAAGUCGUAUCCGAUAUUCAAGGUAAAAACUAAUUUAAGAAAAUUCUUAAAUAUUUCACCAAUACAAUAUACCCCAGUCUACUUUAUUUAGCUAUCCAAUCAGCCUAUCGCGCCCAUCGCAACUAUGUGAUCCGUUACGGACCCUGUAAACGUCCUCCUGGAACUUUAGUGAGCCGAAUGACCACCGAACAGCUCUUGUUUAUCUCGGUGGGACAAUUCAUAUGCGCCCAAAAUCAACCAGAGUACGGUAUUUUCGCUUCAAAAUCCGAGAUACCCACCGAGAAGAGAGUAAAGGCCGCUCUCUCCAACUUCCCCUUAUUCGCGAUGGCAUUUAAUUGCCCUACGGAGACAGAAUACAGACCGGACAUAAGCGUUGAAUGUAAUGUCUUUGCUCGUCCAGUAUUGGCCAAGAACCGAUAUCCAUUUGAUACUCUAGACUUCUAA